GGAGGACCAUGAUCAGAGCAAGAGGCACAUGACAAGUCACGUGAUUCUCCUCUGAUUUAACGUUCAGAACCGAACGUUAUAAAACACUUUGCCAGGUAAUUUACUAGAGGUGGACGUGUAGAAGUGUGCUGUAACUGAUCUUCGGCACACCCGACAAGCAGAUAACAGGUAAUGUAACGUUAUUUUAUUGAACUUCAUUUCAGUUUGCUUAGAAACAUGAGGUAUUUGAGAGGAACUCCGCAUCAGCUUUAGCUAGCUUUCUGGAUGGUUAGCUAACAACCCGCACAGUAAAAAGGCCAAUUUACAGCUAACAAAAGUGUAAUUUUUUUUGCUAAACGAGUAUUUAUGUCCUGAUUAAAAUAUGGUUGUGACGAGCAGAUGAAAUUGCUUAAAUUAUCUAUUAACGUUAGCUAACGAUAGUUUGAAAUGCAGCAGCAGUGUUGUUGUUUGGGCGGUGUUUGUUGUCAGCUUUGUGUGGCCUACUUUUAAAUUGGCAGCCAACGUUAUAACCUGAUUGUAUUCUUAUCUCAACUUGUUUUCUAUAUACGCGUGUGCAUGCUAUGAAGUCAAAAGUCAGAUUUGCAGAGCAUUUGCAUACAAUCUUGAAUGACUAACCAUACCUUGACUCAGACAUUUCUCAAAGGCAUCUUAUGAUGAAAGGGCUCUGACAAGUGCACGACCAUAUGCAAACAACAUGCCUGGACUGGUAUGUAACUGAAAUCGUAUGAAAUCCAGAUUUCACUUUAAACAAGUCUAUGCAAACAACAUGCCUGGACUGGUAUGUAACUGAAAUCGUAUGAAAUCCAGAUUUCACUUUAAACAAGUCUGAUAUCUGGAUAAGAAAUUGAAAGCCAGACACUCACUUAGUAAUUGUAUCUCAAAGCUACUCUUGUGGGUGUCGGAAGACAAGUGAUCUAAAAGAGACCUGUGACAACCCUAUUUCACUCUGGCCAGUGUACAGGCAUUUGUCUAGUACCAGCCUAGUGUUGCGUUUAGACGAGGGACUGAAAAACCCUCAUACCUGUCGGCAUAGGUCAAAGCAAGAAAGACGGUGACCGCAAAAACAAGCCAGCACGACGGUAUGCUUUGCUAUGGUGAUUUCAGUGAAAAUCAUCAUCCGGUAGAAAAUAACACUAUGGCAAAAGUUUAAAUAUUUCAACUUUGGUGGCAAGUCCCGUCUACCGUGGCGGCUGACUGCAUUCACCACCAACCUCAACGGCAUUUAACGUCGUGCUCUCUUUGAAAACAUUUGACAUCCUGUUUGCCAUCUACCUGGUACACGUAAACACGGCAUAAUACACAAUUCAACCAACCAAUGUCUUGAUGGUGGUUAAAUGAUUUAAUACAACGGGUGGGUCUAAUCCUGAAUGGCAUUCCAGCCGGUGUCUAUUCCACAAGUUACCACCCGCUAAAUCUAUGAAGUUAAAAUGCCUAUUUACUCUGUUCCAUCUGACUGUGCAAUCCACUGUCUCAUCAGCCCAGCCAGGCACGUUAUAAACAUUAUCUCCACUAUAAAAAGCAUCAAGACAUCAUGUCACAUUUCUUUUAGACUAACAUUUAGUUUUCAACAGCGGAGAUUUGCAUAAACUUUGCUCACUGUCUCCGACAUUUGCAACAUUGUUUCAAUAUCUUAAAUUCAAUCUCCAGCUGUCCCAUAGUAAUGAACAUGUAGGGGCCGGGACUAGACAGACAGGCAGGCAGCGUUUCUCAGCCGGUCGAAAUCAUGAAUCGGCUGGCAUUUUUAUGGAUAUAUCCAAAGAAAUGUCAAUUGAAAAAAAGGUAAAAUGAAAUAAAGUGCAGCAACUUUGCAGUCUUUCCAGCUUCAGUUUGAAGUGAUUGUGUUAGCUGUGUUGUUGGCUAGCUCCUCUGAACAACAGUGUCCUGACGAGAGCACAUUUUCUAUGCCAUGCGAAAUCGCGCCUCAUUAACUCAUUGUUAUGGAUGUAUCCAAAUGUAUAUCACUAGAAAACUGUUUAAACAAAUACAAAUGCGGCUACUUUGCUGUUAUUCUGGCUGCACUGUUUGAAUUGACUGUAAGUUAGCCUUAGUUGGCUAGCUGGCAAGCAAGGGAUAAGAACGUUGCCAGCCAGUAAGGCAAUGGAACAUUUAGAACAAACGACUGGGUCACGUCCAUAGAUACAGAACAAAAAGACUGAACGACUGGGUCGCGUCUCUAGAUACAGAACAAAAAGACUGAACGACUGGGUCGCGUCCAUAGAUACAGAACAAAAAGACUGAACGACUGAGUCGCGUCUCUAGCAACCGAACGGAUAGAACGAACGACCAGCCGGCUUGGGUAGCAACCCUAGAUUUGUGUCGGGACUAUAUCUUGUGGAAGGAUUAAAUAGUAUGAAUAAAUUCAUCAAAAUAACGUUAAUGAAAAUAUGUCAAUCAUUAUUUGAAUAUGUUGGUAACCCGUUGUAUAAAAGUGAUAAUGCCCUCGAAGCCGGUGUUUGGAGGAUAUAUAUAUAUAUAUAUUUUUUUUUUUUGGCGUGGUUUGUUGGUCAAUAUAUCCAGUACCAAUAUCCUCAACACCUGCUUCUCGGGCAUUCUCACUUAAGGGUAGCUCAAUCAGGAGUGUUGUGCUUAGCUGGAUAAAUCCUGUACACAAAGGUUCUAGACCAUUACACGGGGUGCUGAAGACGGAACAUUUGUCAUUGUGAUGAGGUUAAUCAUUCAUUUCAUAGCAGAACAAUAAAGGUGACUUCUGAGAAAUGUAGUUUAAUUUCCCCCUGUGGGUUUGUGAAAGCCUGCUCUUCCACUGCAGCAGACAGUUAGGUUAACAUGAUCUCUCCUCUCCCACCUUACACCCUAUGGGUAGGCUACUUCUUCAGCUCCAUGAGUCGCAGGCUAUGAAAGGCAGAUAGAUGUCUGGCAUGCUAAUCUGUUGCUUAGCUAUUUGUUGCUGUCAUAUUGUUCAAAAUCUGUUCAGGUAGUACCUACCAGUUUCACGCCCUUUCUAAAUGUUUUCUCCCUACUGAACAACACAGCGCUGCUUAUCACCUAUCCUUGACCCACUAAUGGAAGAUAAGGUGGCACUUUAGAAUUGCCAGUGAGACAGAUUGUUGCUCUGGGUAGUCUGUCAGACAAGAGGGUAAAACAAUGUCUUAUAGGCAUGUAUUAAUACAUUUACAUUUGACAUUUUAGUCAUUUAGCAGACGCUCUUAUCCAGAGCGACUUACAGUUAGUGAAUGCAUACUUUAUUUAUUUUUCCAUACUGGCCCCCCGUGGGAAACGAACCCACAUCCCUGCCGGCCAAACCCUCCCCUACCUUGGACGACGCUGGACCAAUUGGUCGAAGUUAAUACUCUUAACGUUCAUCAAGUCAAUAAAUGACAUCUGGAAGUCUUGGUGGUUUUAAUGUUCCUCUACCAUAUGACCCUGGCUAUGCUGAGUACAGGCAUUCUAGGGAAGCAAGACUUGGUUGUCUUUGCUGAGUUGAAAGAAGUCAGUCAUGUUGUCCUAAAGGUGAAUUCCAUGUGAAGCUACUUGCGGCUGACUCAUUCAGUCAUGUGAUUUCACCAUUGCACAGCCCAUUUCUUGGAAGUUGUGAUGUGACCACACACACACAACCCCCCCCCCCCCCCCCCCCCCCCCACACACACACACACACAACCACCCACCACAUGCUGUAAUGUGUGUUUAGGCCUAAUAUGCAUUCCUGUUUGUGUCCGGUUCCUGGUUAAAGUAGCCAUGGAAUCAUGUUUCUGAUCUGAACAAGGUAGGGCUGUGUAAUGGUGGCCAACAUUCUGUCUCAUCUGUAGUGUAAGUUAUUCUAUACCAUGAAUGACUUGGCAGUAUCGGAGACACAGACACACCCUUCAAUCUGCACUGGUAUUGAUCUGUGGACCUGAGCCAAAUCCAUUAGGCCUUCAAUGCCUAAUGGAGAGCCUUGCUUGAAUACGCCAACUCCAGUUGAGCUGAAGUGCUCUCCUCUCUGCCCUCUUGGUCUGCUGGUCUGUCCUGUCUGAGUGGCUUAGAGCUGCUGAAGUGUUUGUGUCCCUGCAUGACUGCAUGCGCAUGUCACCUGACUCCCUGAGGCCAGUAUGGUAGGUCUACAUGUGACAUUAGCUUUGUUUUGACCUAAAACAAAGCUAAUGGAUGGUGGGGGGUGGGUGGAUUGCAGUGGAUUGCGCAGUCAGAUGGAACUCAUGUUCCCAUGAUGCCGUUGUGUCCCUACAGGAAGUAAUGUGGCGUGUGGCAUUUUUGAUGCUGGUGUCUGGGCUGUCAAUCAGCUGGGCCCGGCCCCGCCUACCUCCGCUCUCCCACCAGAUGGUGGACUACAUCAAUGAGGCCAACACUACAUGGAAGGCUGGCCACAACUUCCGUAAUGUGGACUACAGCUAUGUUAAGAGACUGUGUGGAACCCUGCUCAAAGGACCCAAACUGCCCGCCAUGUGAGUGACUGAGUUGUAUGAAGGGAAUGUACAUGUGUAUUUGUGCUGCAUCCAGAAAGUGUACAAGCAGGAAGUGAACUGAUCUGUUAAUCGAAUUGAACUCCUUGGCUGCUGUACAGAUUGACUUUACCAAGAACACUACAUAGUAACAGCACAUAUUCAGUCAUUGUCCUCACCUGUUACUCACUCUCUCUCCUGUUCUUUCAUUCGGUCUCUCUUUCUGUGUCGCUCUGUCUCUGUAGGGUAGGUUGUAGGGUUAAUGGCAAUGUUGUCCUCUCCUCUGUAGGGUGCAGUAUGCAGGGGAUGUGAAGCUACCUGACAACUUUGACCCCAGAAUGCAGUGGCCCAACUGUCCCACUCUGAAGGAGAUCAGGGACCAGGGCUCCUGUGGCAGCUGCUGGGUAAGAACAGAGACGGACCCACACUGGAGGAGACCCCUAUCCUCAGACUCCUGUUACUGAACCAUGAAGUUGAGUGUGUUUUGACGUGCUUGUUCCUCUGCAGGCGUUUGGUGCUGCGGAGGCCAUCUCAGACCGUGUGUGUAUCCAUAGCAAUGCCAAAGUCAGCGUGGAGAUCUCCUCUGAAGACCUGCUCAGCUGCUGUGAAAGCUGUGGCAUGGGGUACGUGUUUUCUCAUUCACCUGCUCUGUGACAUGGGGUGCAUGUAAGGGAUCGGAGGUUGUGUUAGCAUUGCUUACUGUGUGUGUUCCUAGUUGUAAUGGUGGUUACCCCUCUGCUGCGUGGGACUUCUGGACUACAGAGGGGCUAGUCUCUGGAGGACUCUACGACUCUCACAUUGGUAUGUAGGGGACUCUCUCUCUCUCUGGUCUCUCCUGUCAGGCCCUACUCUUUCCCUCCCUGUAUCUAACUCUCCCUCUCUUUCUCUGGUGUCUCCUGAUAGGUUGCAGGCCCUACUCUAUCCCUCCCUGUGAGCACCAUGUUAACGGCACACGACCCCCCUGUAAAGGAGAGGAGGGUGACACGCCAGAAUGUUCCAACCAGUGUGAGGCUGGAUACACACCUGGCUACAAGCAGGACAAACACUUCGGUUAGUAAACACAUUCACACACUCAAUUUGAAUGUAUUCAAUGUAUGCUAAGUGGAUAGGUUUCUCUUGCCCAUGGAAACACACACUAAGCCCUCUCUCCUGUCCCCUAGGUAAGAGCUCGUACAGUGUUCCCUCUGAAGAGCAGCAGAUCAUGAAUGAGCUCCUAAAGAACGGACCUGUGGAAGGAGCUUUCACUGUCUACGAAGACUUCCUGCUCUACAAGUCUGGUGAGCACGCUCACCCUCUAUCACACAUUUCCGUCUUUCUGACACCCUAACUUUAUCUCUCUCUGUCUAGGUGUGUACCAGCAUGUCUCUGGCAGCGCAGUAGGAGGCCAUGCCAUUAAGGUCCUGGGCUGGGGAGAGGAGGGGGGAACUCCUUACUGGCUGGCUGCUAACUCCUGGAACACUGACUGGGGAGAGAACGGUGAGACACACUUACACAAAUUAUGUUACAACUCUGGACAAACUAGAGGUUAAUUCUUCUUCAGGAAGAUUGUGUGCGUGCUCGGCUACUCCUACACAAUGUGUGUUUUCUCUCCUGUCUCCCAGGUUUCUUUAAGAUCCUGAGAGGUAAGGACCACUGUGGCAUCGAGUCUGAGAUGGUGGCUGGCAUCCCUUUGUAACCAGGACAACAGUAACCAGGAAGUGAUUGGAGCGAGAAGCUGCAGAUGCACCAGUCCUCCUGUCCACUAGAGGGAAACCAUCUCCUCUUUCUGCCUGCCUUUUCUGGCUUUUACUCUGGUUCUAAUGCCCAAUUCAACCCCUAGGCACCUCUUUAGUUUCAAAAUAAUUGGUUUAGAAAAUGCUACCCUGUCUGAGGGAAAGGCGGAUCUACUAGCAUAUUGCUCAUACCUGUCCUAUCCUGAUUCCUUAUCAGAUCUAUGAGAAGUGUAUAAGAGGAGAGGCUAGGGGUCCAUUUGGAACUGGGCAUAUGUGAACUAUUGCUUUCUGUCUUUAGUUAAAUGUGUUCUUCCUAGUGUGUCUCAAUCUGUAGUGGCUUCUUCCCCUCGUAUCCACUCUGUCAUCUCCACCGAUCUGAAAAUGCAGGAUGGGUGAAAGAAGACACCUGUCCAGUUAUGUCAGUGCAGAUUGAGAGGAAGCAACAGUAGACUAUUGAGACUCUGUAGACGUCCAUCUUGCUUCCUGUGUUUGAUCAAUGGAGCGGUGGCUAGCUGUGCUAAAAUACCUCUCUCCCUGUACUAGUUUGCAACAAUCACAUCAAUUUACAAUUUUUAAUGCAUGAUGCUUUAAACACCUUUUUCUAGAGGUGAUUUUUUUUUUUCCCUUCGACGUGCUCACUGACUGCAUUGUACACCUUUUUGUGUUUUUAAAUUGGAUUAUAAGAGAAACAUGGAAGUAGUUUUAUACCGAUGGGGGGGGGGUUAUUUGAAUGCUGUGUUUUUAAUUCUUCUCUCUGUUCUGAUCAAAAGUGUUCUGGAAUGAUUGUAUUGAGUUGCAUAAAAUAAAAGCCAACCAACAUGUUUAA